AUGGGUCCUCCCCGUUUCCAUCCUGCUUCACUCUGCUUUCCUUUCUUCUUUUUAUUCUCCUUCUUCCGUCGUGUUGCUUCCUUUCCUGCUGCGUCUGCUGCUUCCUCCACCUGUUCGCUCCCCGCUCGCGUUAUCUUCCUGCUCGCCCUCUCGUCCCUCGGCUCUGCAGUGAACACGGCCGGUUGGACCGUGCGGCCGUCCAACAACUCUGGGGAUCUGUCGUGGACUGGAGGUCUCCGGUUCCUUUUGAAUAGCAGUCAGGUUCACCUGCCAGCGUCCGUCCGUCUCGCCCCGUUGACCCAGGCUCUGGUGGAUCUCAAUCAGGCGGAACUUGCGCAAUAUCUGGUGUCGGGGACUCUGUUGGAUGUGGAUGCCACCAACUCUCUGUCAUUGAGCCGCAAAGAUAUCGCGGUGAUCAGUUGCGACCCAUCCGCCUAUCCCGGGAACCUGGAUGCCAGCUCGACGCUAGGCAACGUCCUCACCGCACAGCAGCAGGCUCUUGCCGUCAUCUUAUAUAGUGGCACCUCCCUGCUCUGCAACUAUACGACGGAUGAACCAUCCGCCAACCGCUAUAUCAACGUCUUUACGAUCGUAAAUCCGACUUUGAAUCGGCAAGUCCAGUCCCAACUCGAAGCUCCAGGCAACGGAACGACUUAUAUCGGCACCAACAUGUCGUAUCUUGGCCCCACCACAACGACCCAGGACCAGACCCAGUCGUCCGGGAGUCCGAACACGGCCAUGAUUAUCCUGUAUAGUAUCACAGGUAUUAUCACUGCCCUCUUUCUAGCCAUCAUUAUUACCGGUGCGGUGCGUGCGCACCGCCAUCCGGAGCGCUAUGGGCCUCGGUAUACCGCGGGACGACCGCGACAAAGUCGAGCGCGAGGGAUAGCGCGAGCCAUGUUAGAUACGAUCCCGAUCGUCAAGUUCGGGGACAACGCCCCAGCCGACGGCAAGUCGGUUGGCCCCAAGGGGGAUGUUGAGAUGGGUUCGGGGUUGGAGGUGCCGGCCAAUGAGUUAGAGGAACGAGAUGUGACCACGACUGCGGAGGUCACCUCCCCACACCAGCCUCAAACGGAAGCGCCCCCGACAGAAUCGCAGGAAGAAAAGCAAAGCGAUGCUCCUGCGGCGGAGACGACGACGGAACACCCGAACUUUUCGUGCCCUAUUUGCACGGACGACUUUGUCAAGGGGCAGGAUUUGCGCGUGCUGCCGUGUAACCAUCAAUUCCACCCCGAGUGUAUUGAUCCCUGGCUGGUGAAUGUGUCGGGUACAUGUCCUCUCUGCCGUAUCGAUCUCAACCCCCCGCAGCAAGAAGGCGAGGAGGAACAAGACCUGGGCGAUGGGCACCCGGAGACGGCAGCCGAGGGAGCCGCCGAGGCAACAGUCGAGAGUAGCCAUGGUCGCCACCGACGCAUCAGCAACUACUUGCACGGCACGUUGAAUGCGCGGCGCAUGCGCGACGCCAGCGUGGAGGAGCGCCUUGCGGCGCUGCGGAGCGUGCGGGAAGAGGCCAACCGGGAGGAAGCGGCCGACGAAGCGGAUGAGCAGCGGAUCCGGCGACGCAAUCGGUUGACGACGCGACUGCGUGAGAAGUUCCGGGUGCGCACGCGGGCGCACGGCGAGGUGGCAGAACCGUCACCAUCGACUGACACGCCGCCUGCAUGA